AUGGAGAAAGGAAAAAGCCAGGGCAAGGCAAACAAGGGAAUGCACUGUCUCGUUUCAGGUCGUUCGUUUGCGGUAAUUGUUGCGCCAAUUCUUCUGACUAUGUUUGUAAUCAAUCAUCUCAUGAAGAAGAAAAAGAGUGCAACGAAAGAGAUCACGGAGGGAGCAUCUGCUCCUCCUUUCAGCACUGACGAUGAAUACGAUGUAUUCUUGAGCUUCAGAGGCUCAGAUACCCGUAAGGAAUUUACUGAUCACCUCUACCACAGACUUUGCAGCGAAAGGUCUAUGCCGAUACACGUGUUCAGGGACGAUGAUAGCCUCUCAAUUGGCGAGGAAUUUCGUUCACAGCUUCUCAACGCCAUUAAACAGUCUAAGAUUUCGAUCCCUAUCAUCUCCGAAAAUUAUGCUUCGAGCAAAUGGUGCCUCCGUGAGCUCAUUCAUAUGAUGGACUGCAGGAAGAGCACGUCACACAUAGUGUUGCCCAUUUUUUACAAAGUGGAUCCAUCGCAUGUGCGGUAUUUAAGAGGAAAUUUUGGGAAGGCCUUUGAUUCACGUAAGAAGCGUUUUGAUGAGAAGGAGAUUCAGGAAGGGCGACGAGCACUUGAAGACGUGAGUUACUUAAAUGGAUGGGAAUCUGAGAAAAUUGCCAACGGGCAUGAAGGAGAAUUAGUGGAAAGAGUUAUCAAAGAAGUUUUGAGCAAGUUGAGCAAGUUGCGACCUGAUUUUCAUCUUGUUGUUACCAAGCACUUAGUUGGAUUUGAUGAUCAUGUGAAAAAAAUUAGGAGUUGGGUAGACGCUUCUACUAAUGAUGCUCAAAUGAUUGGAAUCUGUGGCAUGGGAGGGAUCGGUAAAACAACUCUUGCCAAGAUCAUCUACAAUGAGUUGUCCAAUGACUUUGUGCAUUGUAGAUUCCUUCCCAAUAUUCGAGAAACAGCUCACCACAAGGAUAUCACUUAUCUACAAAAGCAACUAAUUAAGGGAAUACUGUCAAUCGAAGUUGAAGUUUCGAAUGUUGAAGAUGGAAUUAGAUUGAUCAAAAAUAGAUUCAAAAGGAGAAAGGUUCUCAUUCUUUUGGAUGAUAUAGAUGAGAAGGAUCACCUAGAUGCUUUGGCUAAACAAUGUGAUUGGUUCACUUCAGGAAGUAUCAUCAUUGUUACAACUAGAUAUAGAGCCAUUCUUGAUCAAUCUGAAUUCAAGGUAGUCCACAAGCAUGAAUUGAAUAAAAUAGAUGAGAAGGAUUCCCUGAUUUUAUUUAACAAACAUGCAUUUCGUGAGGACGAUUCUUUGAAGGGCUUUAACCGUAUGUCUCGUGAGAUCAUAUCCACUCUGGAUGGACUUCCCUUGGCUAUUGAGGUUAUAGGUUCGUACUUGUAUGGAAAAAGUGAAGAUGUAUGGAAUGAUAUGCCGAAGCAAUUAGAAGCACAACAACAAGAUCAAGUCCAAGAACGUGUCCAGAAAAUAUUGCGGAUAAGUUAUGAUGGAUUAGACGAUUAUCAGAAGGAGAUUUUUGUUGAUAUUGCUCGUUUCUUCAUUGGCAAAGAUAGCAAAUUCGCCAUUUGCAUGUGGAACGAUCAUCGAUUUCGUGCAAAUCAAGCAAUUGAAGAGUUGAAAUUGAGGUGCUUAAUAAAAAUUGAAGAUGAUGGUAUGAUAUGGAUGCAUGAUCAACUCAGAGAUCUUGGAAGGAGCAAAUGGCAAGAAAAGGAAGCCUCCAAAGUGCUAACUGAACGAAAAGGUGGACAGUUUAUGAACUUACAGAGCUCUGGGUUCCUUCAAUUGGGAGGACUGGCUUCAAGUGGAGACUCUGACAAACUGUAUUCUGAAUUAAGAUGGCUUCAGUGGCUUGAAAUUGACCCCGAUUUGUCUUCUUGGACAACCAAUUUGCCUCUAUCGACAUUAUUGGUGCUGCAGUUGUCAUACAACCGGAUAACAGAGGAUUGGAGAGGAUGGACUUUAAUCACGGGAGAGCGGCUAAAAGUUCUCGAUCUUGCAUGUUGCAAAAAUCUGACAUGCACUCCUGAUCUCUCGGUUUUCACAAAGUUGGAAAUUCUCGUCUUGAAAGACUGUGACGGAUUAAAGCAAGUCCACCAUUCUAUUGGCAAAGUCAAGAGCCUCGUUUCCUUGGACCUGAGUGGCUGUGGUAGUCUCGAUGGGUUACCAGAAGAAUUGGGCCAAUUAGAAGAACUGAAAGAACUUAUUUUAGAUUCUGCUGGUAUUACAAAGAUUCCUAUGUCAAUUGGUUCUCUGAGGAAGCUGAAGAAACUGAGUGCCCGAGCUUGUCGGUCAUUGAUAGAAAUCCCUAGCUCAAUUUGGGAUUUACAGAGUUUACAAUGUCUUGAUUUUAGUGAAUCUGCAAUCGAAGGGUUACCUGCUGUUGAAACGUUGAAAGAACCAGUUCUCACAGCUUUCACAGAGGUGGAGAUUAUCAUCUUGAAAGACUGUUACGGAUUAAAGCAAGUCCACCAUUCUAUUGGCAAAGUCAAGAGCCUCGUUUCCUUGGACCUGAGUGGCUGUGGUAAUCUCAAGGAGUUACCAGGAGAAUUGGGCCAGUUAGAAGAACUGAAAGAACUUAUUUUAGAUUCUGCUGAUAUUACAGAGAUUCCUACGUCAAUCGGUUCUCUGAGGAAGCUGGAGAAACUGAGUGCCCGAGCUUGUCGGUCAUUGAGACAAGUCCCUAGCUCAAUUGGGGAUUUAGAGAAUUUGCAACAUCUGGACAUUAGUGAUUCUGCGAUUGAAGAGUUACCCAGUGCAAUUGGAAUGUUGAAAAAACUACGGAGGCUAAGUCUAGAGGACUGUCACAAGCUCAGGUCGCUCCCAGAGCUUCCUUCUGGCUUAAAAUCUCUGAAGAUCUCUAGUCGGAGUCCCAUGUUGCCACAGGGCUGCAUUCAGUUCUCUGAGAAGUUGGAGAAACUGAGUGCCAGAUUUGUUGGUGAUUGA